UAAUUUUAUUUCAGUUUUUAAUUUUAAAUCUUUUUACAUAACAAUUCUUCUUUUCUUUUUAUUUUUAAUUUUUAAUUGUAAAGCUAGUUUCUUAUAUAUUCUUACGAAGAAACCGACCUUGAUAACAUAUGGAGCGACUGUGUAGAGAAUAAAGCCAGAAAGAGUAUAGAAAUCAUUGUGCUUCUUAUGUAUGUUUGCUCAACAAAUAAUGCAGAGAUUUCAUUGUCAACGUUUCUGGGAAAAAAGCUAAUGUUGGUGCUGAUGUUCGAACCGAGGUUUGUUUUCGGUUUCUUUUUGGUUUUCUCCCAUAUUUGAAACUUUACACCUUCUAUAUGUAUUUGAAAAGAAAACGAUCUAAUUCAUGCUUAUAGUAGUAUUGACGUGAGUAGAGUUAUAAAAUUAAUAUUAGAAAAGUAUUAGGACAAACAUGAUUAAGAUUUAUGAGUAAAGGUGGCAAAGCUAAUAGAUUAGAUUAACACAGUCGGUCCCAUUUUUAUAUCAUCAAUGGGUAACAAUGAGAUUUAUCAUGGAUGUUGAUGUUCAAAGAGUUUUUCCUGUAUUUUAGUUUGUAUACAGUUGUUUUGUAGUUUUAUUAUAGUUUUGCUACUUGCAUAUGUUAUUUCACUAUAAAAUUAAUAUGCAACUAUUUGCACAAAACUUACUAUGUAUAACUACUAUUUUUUAGUCCCCAUCAAAUUAAAUUCUUGCAUAAUAAAUAAACUAUCAUAAAACGAUAAUGCAACUAUAAGGCAACUAUUUGCACUUGCAUACAGUUGUUUUGUAGUUUUAUUAUAGUUUUGCUACUUGCAUAUGUUAUUUCACUAUAAAAUUAAUAUGCAACUAUUUGCACAAAACUUACUAUGUAUAAUUACUAUUUCUUAGUCCCCAUCAAAUUAAAUUCUUGCAUAAUAUAUAAACUAUCAUAAAACGAUAAUGCAACUAUAAGGCAACUAUUUGCACUUGCAUACAGUUGUUUUGUAGUUUUGUUAUAGUUUUGCUACUUGCAUAUGUUAUUUCACUAUAAAAUUAAUAUGCAACUAUUUGCACAAAACUUACUAUGUAUAACUACUAUUUCUUAGUCCCCAUCAAAUUAAAUUCUUGCAUAAUAUAUAAACUAUCAUAAAACGAUAAUGCAACUAUAAGGCAACCAAAACAAAAAAUAAAUCAAAAUGCAACUGUAUAUAACGUAGAUGUAUUAUUCAUGAGGUUUUUUUUUAAAUUUUUCACAUCAUACAUUGUUUUGGAUUUAGUGGGAGCUCCAGAUCUGUUUGUUACAGAUCUACAUUUCAUGAAUAUAGAUUUCGAUAUUAGGGGGAGUUAUUUUGAUCGAAUAAAAUAGAAAACAAAUGUGUAAUUUCAGUUUCUUCACAGUUUUUCUAAUUUUUUUUUUCGUCAUUUUCAGUUUAGAUCAUUGCAGGUAUUCUUUUCCAGUUGAUUUUGCCAGAAUUAAUAGUUGUAUUUUUCUCGUUUUGGUUUCAUUUUGGUUGUUUUGCGGUUUUGAAACGAGCGCGUAUUUUCAUCUUCAUGGUUCGCUCUAUACAGCUGAAGGCUUAGUGCAUGUGGUAUUUUUGUAAAUAUUUGUAUGUGGACUGUAUAAAUGUUUAAUGGGCCGGCCCAAAGUAUUUUUGUAAUUUUUUUUCUUUUUUUGUAUUUUUUUGUUUUUUUCCCUAAUAUAAAUGUAAAAAUUAGAUUGUGAGGGUAUAAAUGUAAAUUUUCGGAAAAGAAGAAAGUUAGUAUAGGUUACAAGUGACAGUACACAGGUUGUCACGAUGUCACGAGGCCAUUGCAUAAUGCAUACAAUUACUUGAUUUCUAUAAAUAUAUGCUUCCGUAAUUGUUUGGGCACAGCCCAUAACUGUGUGUCUCACUCCCAAGUUCCCAAAUUAAAACUCUGUCAACUCAACCAUGUCCAUGGCUCGAUCUGAAACCGCAAACAACCUACAUGUUGCUGUCCUUCCUAGCCCAGGUAUGGGCCACAUCAUCCCCUUAUUCAACCUUGCAAAUCGCCUAGCCACCGACCAUGGCUGCCAUGUCAGUUACCUCAACAUUACUGCCGAAGCCUCCGCUGCACAGACACAGCUCCUAACUUCACCCAACCUCCCACCCAACCUUCACAUCGUCCACAUUCCUCCGGCUAAACAACCAACCCACUUACCUCAAGAAGAACAGAGUACUCUGGCUUUCACCAGACUCUGCCACAUAGUCGAUGACAACCUCCGAGAGCUAAAAUCCAUACUCCUCCAUCUCGGAAAACCAAAAGCUCUCAUCAUUGAUAUCUUUUGUACCCAAGCUUUCGAGGUUUGUAAACAGCUUUCUAUUCCCGUUUACACUUUUUAUACAGCUUCCGCUGCUCUUUUUGCUUUCUCGCUUUAUCUCCCUGUUAUGGAUCGUGAGAUAAUUGAUUGCGAGUUCGUUGAUCUUCCCGAGCCGAUUCGGGUCCCGGGUUGUUCCCCGAUUCGAACGGAAGAUCUCAUCACUCAAGUAACGAACAGAAAAAUCGAAGAGUACAAAUGGUUUUUGUUUCACUCUAGCCGGCUUCCCAUGGCAGCUGGAACAUUGUUGAACACAUGGAAUGAAUUUGAACCCAUAACACUCAAAGCCAUAAAAGAGAACCCUUUUUAUCACCAAAUCCCAGCACCACCCAUUUACCCGAUCGGGCCGUUGAUCAAAGAGACUGAACCAAUUACGAAAUCCGGUGCUGAGUGCCUAGCAUGGCUUGACAGCCAACCACCAGAGUCGGUCGUCUUCGUGGCGCUAGGCAGCGGUGGGAGCCUUACGGAAUUGCAGCUGACCGAAGUGGCAUGGGGACUGGAGCUAAGUGGGCAACGGUUCAUUUGGGUGAUUCGAGCCCCGAGCGACGUGGAUCCUACAGCAGCGUUUUUCAAGGCGGGUGAUACUGAUAGUGACGACCCAAGAACAUUUUUACCAGCUGGGUUCGUGGAGAGGACUAAGGGAGUUGGUCAUUUGGUGUCAUCUUGGGCUCCCCAGGCUAAGGUGCUUGGCCACCGGUCGACUGGUGCGUUUUGGUCACAUUGCGGUUGGAACUCAACGCUGGAGAGUAUGACUUAUGGGGUUCCGAUGAUUGCGUGGCCACUUUACGCGGAGCAGAGGAUGAAUGCGUCGGUUCUAGUGGAGGACAUAGGUGUGGCUGUUAAGCCAGCUGUGGAUCCUGGAAUGGGAGAGGUGGUUACGAGAGAAGAGAUUAAGAGGGUUGUGAGUAAGAUAAUUGAAAGUGAAGAAGGGAAAGCCAUGAGGCGUAAAGCUAGAGAGCUGAGUCAAAGUGCUGCCAAAGCAUUGAACAGCAGCGGAAAUGGAUCUUCUUAUGAGUCACUUGUCCGUCUAGUCCACAAAUGGAAAGCAAAUCAGGUUUAAUUAUGUUACAAAAAAAGUUAAUUAUUACGUACUGUUGUUUUUUAAGUUGUCUACCGUUAUAAGUAGAUUAUUAAAGGUCCCUAUAUAGGAUAGCUCCAUUACAUGCAAUCAAAUAAUAAAAUCGAGCUAUUUCUUAAUUCAGGAUGAUGUUAGAUUUAGGCUAAUUAACAUUUUUUUUUUGUUUUUAACUUUAAUAUGUAAUAAAUUUUACUUUAUGAAAUUUUAACAUCGUUAAAAAUCUCUUAUAAAUCA